AUGCAUUUUCAACCCUUCAAUCGCCUCCAUUACCUGCUAUCGGAGCACCCUGCCGUCGUCGGAUUCCGCUGGAGCCAUGCCCAAUCAUGGGGCGCCACCUGGGUCUUCCUCUUCUCCUCCAUCUCCUUCUAUUUCAUCGUCUCCGUCGUCCUCCACAUCCUCCUCCUCCUCUUCCGCCACCGCACCCGCCCUGUUCCGCUCGGCCCCCUCCCCGCCCUCCACAGCCUCGCCAUGUCCAUCAUCUCCGCCAUCAUACUCGCCGGAACCCUCACGUCCGCCGUCGCUGAGAUCCGCGACACCCGAUGGUUAUGGGGGCGUACCAAAACCCCACUCCAAUGGCUCCUCUGUUUCCCACUUGGCACGCGCCCCUCUGGGCGCGUCUUCUUCUGGUCCUACGCUUUCUACCUGUCACGUUACCUCCACGUGAUCCGAACUUUCUUCACCAUCUUACGACGCCGUAGGCUCUCCUUAUUCCAACUCUUCACCAAUUCCAUUCCAAUGGUGAUGUCAUUCCUAUGGUUGGAAUUCUCGCAAUCGUUCCAAGUACUCGAAAUCGUCUUCACCACCUUCACGUAUUCCAUCGUCUACGGAUACCGUCUCUGGACGGAAUUAGGAUUACCGACCGCCUCGUUCCCGCUGGUGGCCAACAUUCAAAUUUUCUUGUUGAUCUUGAAUCUGAUUUGUCAUUGCGGAGUAUUAUUUCUGCAAGUAUCAGGAGGUGGAUGCAAUGGAAUUGGGGCUUGGGUUUUCAAUUCCGUCCUCAAUGGCGCAUUCCUAUUCAUGUUCUUGAAUUCAUUCAUCACAAUGCGUUGGAUUCGCAGGAAAGCCAUGGAAUCAACGACCACAAACGCUAAAAUUGAAUAACAGUAACGGCAAUGGGAAGUCUCCCGUUACAAAUCAUACCAUUCUUGAUGACGAUUUUAACUCGAUUGGUAUGAUUUUAACUUUUUAGGGUUAAUUUUAUAAAAAUGUAUGCAACAUAAUGAUUUAUAGAUGUAGAGAUUAUUCGAGGACAUGUGAAAAACCCGAGGUUUUGUAUAGGUUGUAGAUAGAAAUUUUAACGUCAAA